AUGAACUCGUCACGCGCAUUCACUCGGACGACCCAGAACACCUUCCGCAAGCCCCUCGACUUCCUCAGCAACCUGUCGCGGGGUCCUGUGCAACUGCCAAAGGACAGAAAGAGAAAGGACAGCAACGUACACCGGCGGAACAACAGCGCGAGCUCAAUCGACGAUACCGAUCACUCCGACGUCGAGUUCUACGCGCAAAUGGAGACGUCACGGCGGAGUCAUUCGACGCAGAACUCGCUGUCGGAGCUGCAGCCUGCGGUGCCAUUGAUCGAUAUUGGCAGUCGCAGCACCAGCCCCUACCCGCGCAAUCGAAGCGCCGCGCAGAGCGAAGACGAAGAUGACGAAUACGAACCGGCGAGCAGUAUACGGCCAUUCCCGUUUCCCCUCACUCAAUCCUACGCGCAGCUCAUCAUCACGCAUAUCCUCCUCAUACUCGUAUCGAGCCUCCUACGCUUCUCCAGCAAUCCGUUACAUUUCAUAGGCUUCGGUGCCGCUGUGCCGCCCUCGCAGCCCGCUGCGCCUCAGGGAGGAGCCUUUAGAGGCAACAAGAAGCCUGGCAUAUACGCAUUUGCGCGAUGGUUAUCGAAUGGAUCUGGUGGUAUUGCUGGCGGAGGCCUGUUUGAGUUCGACUUCCAAAUCGCGAAACAGGUACUCCCACUUGCGGUAGUCUUCAUCGUGAAGGUGCUGCUUAGUAACUUCUCGUUCGCCUACGCACCGCUUCCCGUCUAUCAACUCGCCCGCAUCGGCAUAACCCCGCUUGCCAUCAUCUUCGCCUGCGUCCUGCAGAAAGAGAACGUCAACGGCAGCACCCUCUCCUCCGCUCUCGUCGCGACCCUCAACCUCUUCUUCGCCUCGUACCGCUCCAACGUCCGCGUUACCUGGGAGUCUGUCGUCGCCGGCGUCUUCUCCUCCAUCUUCGUCGCGCUAUACCCGAUCCUCCUGCUCCGCACAUACCGCAAGAUCGUCGCUGGCCUCGUCCCAGCUGGCGAUGUGCUCACCGGGUACCCUAGCGGCUCAGAAGAACCCGGCAACAGAGAGGAGACACGUGCCUUCUAUCGCACACUACACUACACGUCCCUUGUGUCACUCAUGCUCCUCACACCGAUCGUGGUCCUCUCCGGAGAGGUUCCGCAUAUAUACCACAAUAUACCGUUCCUCGAUGUGCCCUUCUUCUGGGCCAUGAUGCUGUUCGGUGGUAUGGGCUCGUGGGCUGUCUUUUCAGGCACUCUGCUGCUUGUCAAGGCGACGUCUCCUUUGACGGCGACCUUUGUCGCAGUCCCACGAAGCGCCUUUCAGCUGGUUGCCAUCACUCUGUUCAAGGGUCCGGCGCAGACUUGGAUUGGUGUGAUACUUUGCUGGAUCAGCAGUCUGUGGUUCCUGGUUGCGAGACGCGACGAAGGGAGGAGUAGGGAUCGGUUGAGAUUGGAGGGCAGGUAG